UUGAUUUUACAAAAGCAUUUUAAUCGGCCCAAUCCGAGACCAUCAAAAAGUAAUUUCUCUGUUUAGCAAAAACCCCAUGCACCCGUGCCCAAAGCUUCUCAGAUUUGUUUUGCAGGCUGAAGAAGUAACAGGCUUCAAUAUCAAGAUAUCUUCGCUUGUUAGUUCUUACCUUCUUCUGAUUCACUCAUUCACCAAUUUCACAUUUCUGUAAUUUGGAUAUAAGGCGAGUGGCGAUUACACAUAUUUGGUCAUUGGAUUUUGGAGGCGUAGCAUCGUCAACGCUUAUUUUCUGAAAGAUUGAAGGACUCAGACUGAGCUUCUUCAGUCCUUCUAAGGCCAGAUAGAGUCAACCCAGAGCACACAGUCAGCCCUCGCACAAAGUUUCUCUUCAGUUGGGACAAGAUACCAAGAUAGGGAAAUUGGGACAGCGGAUCUGAAGCCACCAUAGCUUCACAAAUUACAACACAUAACAUUGUAUACACUGCAUUGCUCUUAAGAAGAGCAUGCUGUUGAACUUGUUUUCUGUUUCUCUUCCCUCUUCAAAUUUCUCUGUUAAGACAAAGAGAACCUGUCCUAAAGUGAGGACUUACAUUUGUCCAACAAGCGGAACAAGAGUAAAUUGUAAACAAGUGCAUCCCAAUUUCUCAAAGUUGGGUACAAGUCCCCUGAAAACCAAGUAUUUAUGUUCUUUAGAGCGGUGUUUCAGCACUGCAAAUAGUGGAAUCAUAAUGAACACACAUCGUGUUGUUGGAGACAAAGAUGGACUGAUCAUUGUGGAUCAUGGGUCUCGCCGCAUGGAAUCAAACCUCAUGCUAAAUGAGUUUGUUAAUUUGUUUAGAGAUAAAACUGGUUAUUCCAUUGUUGAGCCUGCUCAUAUGGAGCUGGCAGAACCCUCGAUAAAAGAUGCAUUCAGUUUGUGUGUUCAAAAGGGGGCAGACCGGGUGAUUGUAUGCCCAUUCUUUCUCUUUCCUGGAAGGCAUUGGCAUCAGGAUAUUCCUCAUUUGACUGCUGAAGCUGCUAAGGAGCACCAGAACGUUUCAUACAUUAUAACCGCACCUCUUGGGUUGCAUGAACUACUUGUGGAUGUCAUGAAUGACAGGAUUAAAAACUGCUUAAGCCAUGUAGCAGGAGAAGCAGAUGAAUGUGCUGCCUGUAUUGGAUCAGGGAGAUGCAAGCUGUAUUAGUUGGUCCAUUCAACUGCAAAUAAACAGGCAUGCAAGUUGAUUUUGCUCUGAGAUUUUGCUCCAGGAAGAAACAAAGCACUUUAUUUACAUUGAGCAUGUUAUACACAUAUCUACCUCUUGAGAAAUGCACUUUCUUUUUAGAAAGAGUAGGGCUAGAAAAACACGUUAUUAGUACAUUUUGUGCCUACAUCUGUGCGGAAGGUAUCUAUUGGAAGAUGAAAACAUGUCAAACAAAGUGUUUUAAAGAAAUGUAAUCCUAACUUAUCGUUUUACAGAUAAUAGUACCUGAGAAGGCAUGUGGUGUUUUAUAAUUUAUAGUUCCCAACUUUAAGAAACAAUGUAUGAUUACUUUUUCGUGUAAUUUUUUUCCCCAAUUGGCUUAGGCCUUGAUGUGCCGGUCCUGGGACAUUUCCUAAUUUGUCUUUGUAUACUAUCUUUGUAAUCUAAUUAUGCAUUUUAGGAAGUACUCUGUAUAAAAGUCAUUGUAAUAUACACCACUCCGAGUAAAUCAUGAAUGAUGCCCUUGAGCAUACUGAAUGGAAUAUGAUGCUCGUAUUGUGGAAUUUCACAACGUUUUUUACUCCUAUCUAUUGCAACUAUUCUUCAACACAUGCCAUUUCUCUUAUUAGUGUUAAUUAGCUUUCACUGGGUUAGUUAUUCUCUAAUUUUUCUUCCUUCAUUAACUUUGUACCUUUUUAAUAAAUUUAAUAAGAUCCGAUUUCCGUAAUAAAUAUAGAGAGAAGAAGAAACAUUUUAUCAAUGAGAAUGUAAGACUGCAUUGGAUAAGUGAGAAUGUAACUGGUACAUUGAAUUUUAGACUUAUGCAUUAUGUGAAAUAAAAAAUGCGCAUUGUCAUGAUUCAUGAACUGGAAAUUGAUUGUUGCAUUUUAUAAAUAAACCAAGAGUUUUGUGUUAAUUUGAACCAUGCAUUAUAACAUAAAUGUGCAUUACAAUGAACUAUUAUGUGUGCUUCGUUUCAGUUUCACCUCAUGGAAAAAAUCGUUCUCACCAUACCAACCAUUAUCAACUAUCCAGUGACCGAAGAGGCAAGAGCUAAAGAUACUUGUUAUGGGAUUAUCAGCAAUCCAACCUUAACAGCUGGCCACUUAAAGACAAUGCUCAAGACAAUAUAAAACCUAAACCAAUCUCAAUUCCAAUUGCAGACCAUAGCCUCCACCACAGCACUUGCUUCAGCACUGUCCCUGAACUCAAGAACAAUUUUGGAAGCAAAAUCCUGGACAAACUGGUCAACAGCUUCACGCUGAGCAACUGGGAGCUGGGAGAGGGUGUCCAUAUGAUCCUGGGUUCGUGCAGCACGCUCAUGAACAAUCUUGCCAGCAGAAUCCUGCACAAACUGGUUAAUAGGAUUGUGCUGAGCAGCUCGGAGCUGAGUAGCAUGUAGCCUGAAGAUGGUGUCCCUAUGAAACUGGAUUCGUGCAGCACGCUUUCCCUGGUACCAGUUUCCAUGAUCAAUUUCAUAAACUUCAAGGAUAAUCUUGACUUGACGUAGAAGUUGUUCAUCAUUUGGAGCAUUUAUCGGGGAAAGUUCUCUUAGACGGAUGUCCUUGGGGAUAUCAUUCUGCUUCAAUGGGUCAAUAUUCCCCUUGCAGUAAACAUUCAAAGGACCAGAAGCAAUUUGGGCUGCAACUCCAGCUUGAUCAAAUCGUCGGUAUAGGUCAACUGCCUGAGGGUUGAGGUAUCCAAGGAGUGGCGUUUCAGCUACAGCAUUUAAGGCCUUCUUCACUAGACCAGGAGAAGAGAGCCAUGUUACCCUAUACUUGAAAACAUUAAUAGCAGAUUCAAUGUCACCUAGUGUAUACACCUCAAAGAGGCCUUCAAUAGAUGGAGAAUGGAUGAUCAUAUUGCAGACCUCUCCAAACCUUUUCUCACUUAGGAAAUCCAAAAAUACUGCUCUGUAGGAAUCAUACCAACGUUUAUUACCAGUAGUGCUCCCAGAAGAAAGAAUACAGAUAGAUGUUAUUACCACCAUCUUUGAUGCAGCCCUCCAUAGAUUAAAAUUGCUUUCAGUUGCAAGGGAUGUAGAUGGAGCAGCCUCAUUAGGGACAGUAACAGCUGCCUCAUUGUUAAUGGGAAUAACACCAGAUGAAACUAGAGCCACUAUGGUAGAAGCAAAUGCAACAUCCCUGAGAUUUGUCUCAUCAAGAUCAUUAUCAGACAUACAAGCCCUCAAGUUUGGGAUAUCAGAUGAAUAUUUCUUGAUAGUUAGUCUGGAAGUACUCAUAUGAAACUUUAGGGGCAUAGGUAGAGCCAUCAGCUCACUAAGUGGGUCAGGAACUCCUGAAGGAGUAAAUUGAGGAGUAGGAGCUUUAGUCGUAGGAUCAGUAUAGCCUCUGACUUGAUCAUGUUUCUUGCCAUUAUACUUGUCAGUCUGUUUUGAGUCACCAGUCCCCAUCAUAUACGCAACUUCUGCACCCAAUCAGACCAUGAAAGGAGGCAUGACCUCUAGUAGUUAUAUAUGGGUUGGAAUAAGUUCAAAUAAUGAACUUUUAAUAUGCUUGGGAAAUCCAAAGGGUGGAUGUAAUAUAUUUGAUAUGCUUGGGAAAUCCAAAAGGUUGAUGUUUAUUGCUUUUAGUUACACGAUGAGCCAAUGUACAUCUUUAAAUGCUGGUAUUUAGAACCACCAUAAUAACGUGUUGGAUAACCAAA